CUGUUUUCAUCGGGGCCCUGAAGGCAGCAGGAGAAGGGCUGUUUGUGUUUUGUGUAACUGAGGUGACAGCUUCACAGAUCGGUCCACUCACUCUUCGUGUUCAGUCAUCACUUUGCUGAGUCUGAGGAGGAGGAGGUCUCUGUUUGCUCCAACAUGAGUGAAGAUAGCAGCGCUCUGCUCAGCAGGCUGCAGCACUUGCAGUGUCACUUCACCUGGGAUCUGAAGCUGGACAUAGACCUGAAAAAACUGAUCACCCGAACAGAGAUUGACAUAGAGUUUCAUCAGAGUCCAUAUAAAGGAGCAGGUUGCUUCUACAGCCUUUUGGCUUAUUUCAGGUAUCUUCAGGAUCAACGAGAGGAAGCGCUGUCACUUUUAAACCAAUCAGAGAAGACCAUCAGGGAGAGUUACGGUGAUGAGAGUGAGAAGCGGCUGAUUGUGACGUAUGGAGACAUGGCCUGGCUGAAAUACCAUGAUGGAGACUUUGCACAGUCACAAAGCUACUGUCAGAGAGUCGAGGACAUACUGGUGAAGUAUCCCACUGGUUCAUCAGGAAGUCUCCUUCCAGAGGUGUACGGGGAACAAGGCUGGGCCUAUUUUAAGGUGUCGAGGUCUUCUAUAUCAAAAGCCAUCGACUGUUUUCGUAAAGCACUUGAGGUACAGACUCAUGACGUUGAGUGGAACACCUGCUACGCUGUUGUCCUCUUUUACGGAGAACAGUGGGUUUUAGAAAACUUACAGGAAGAUGAGGAAUCCCAGGCCAUCAAACAGCUUCGCUUUGCAUUGGAGAUCAACCCAAAUAACGCUGCUCUGCAGUGCAUGCUGGGCGCGAAGCUGGCGGCCUAUAAGAAAUACGAAGAGGCUGAGAGUCUGGUGAUGAAAGCACUAGAAAAUGAUCCUGAUAACCCUCAUAUCCUCCGCCACUCAGGAAAAUACUUACGUAAUCGGAAACGACUGGAUGAGGCUAUUGUUGUGUUUGAGCGAGGACUGAAAAGGGGCGAUCAAUUAUCUUCCUUCAACUACCAGCUGGUUCUGUGCUACAAGCAGAAAAUAAUUGCUGAGGAGUGUCGCAGGCCCUUCAGCAACAGAGAAAAGGUGCGUAAGUGGAGGCGUAUUUGUAUCAGUCACCUUGAAGAAUCUGUGAAGAGGAAGAGACCUUUUGUCCUGGCGUGGGCUGAUCUGGCACUGCUGUAUGCAGAGGCAGGGGAUAUGAGCAGGGCUGAGGAGGCCUAUCAGCAGUGCUUGAAGAAGUUACCAGAGGUGGAGGAGGAAAAGGAUUGUCAGACUAUCCAUCAGCGCUGCGGUGACUUUCAUCUUUAUCACAAAAAAAAUGAGGCUCAAGCCAUCGCUCACUAUACCAAGGGGCUGCUGAUACCACUGAAAAAAUAUGAGUGGAGACAGUGUGCUAAGAAACUGAAGCAGAUCGCUGAGAGACGUCUGGCAAAGAAUCGGGGUGAUGGCAAGGCUCUCGCUCUGCUGGGUCAGGUGGCCAGAGCUGAGGGCGACAGCAAGAAAGCUGCUUUUUUUUAUGAGAAAGCUCUGAACUAUGACAAGGACAAUGAAGAGUACCUGUCUGCUCUGUGUGAGCUGCGCCUGGAGCUGCAGGGAUCAUCCUCUGAUUAAUCAGGAUCACUGCAAAAACUGGCUAUAACUAAUUCUUACAAUCUAACAUGCAAGCCAAAAAGUAUUUUGAUCUUGUUUUGAGAGUGAAACACUCAGAAAGAGCAGGAUGGAAUUAAUCUUUAGAAUAUGUAUUUUAUCUCUUAGUUUCUAAAUCAUAAAAUUUGUUAUUUGCAUAUGUAUCUUUUUUGUUUUGUUUAUAUAUCUUGGAGAAAAAUGUUAAAUGUUGCACAAUUUUUAACAGAAGAGUAUUCAAAAACGAUAAAUAGGAAAGUUAGGAGAACUCAAAUUAAAAUGUAAGUGUAGAAAGGAAAAUCAAAACUGAAGAAAACACACAACAGCACCAGGGGCAGUCAGUGUUAACCCAGACUGAACCAGUGUGCUAAGCUCAUUCAUGAUGAUUUACAUGUUUGAUUUGUUAAAUAUUUUAUGACUGAUUCAUGACACAACCCUCCCCAAUUAUCUGAGCUUGGCACUGGCACUAGAAGUACACUGAACUGUGUCCUCCCCAUGUCUGUGUUCACCAUGCAGAAUCAAAUAAGCCAAAGUUAUCAGACAGAACUGGUGCAGUAAGCAUACAUGACCUAGUGGUUCACUGUGCAGUUUCCCACCACCAAGAGGCUAAGCUAGGGAGGGCCCUUGUCUCACAUCAGUGUUUCUGGUUUUGCUUCCCCCACGUUUCCCUGCUGUGUCUCAUCCCCUCGUUUGCCCUCAGUGGACUUUAGUCCUGUGUUUCUUUCUGUACCCUCAUGGUUGUGUGUGUCUAGUUUAUAUUAUUUCCCAGAGUGGUUUGUAUUGUUUUACCAGCCAGCAAAUAAAGCUGUGUUGUCUUUGCC